GGUGCCUCCUAGCUGUGCGGAGCCGCCGGGAAUGCAGCGGGACCGGGACACGGGCUGAGCCGAGAGCAUCUCUGCAGGCGGGCAGCUGGGCAGCCGAGACAGGGGCGGCGUCGGCUGCUAGCGCCCGGGAGGUAUACUGACUGAAGUUUACAAAGGAGAAGAACCAUCAUUAGCUAGGAGAAUUUGCUGCAAGGAAUGGAAUUAGCUCAUAGCUUGCUGCUGAACGAAGACGCAUAUAACCAACUCGGUGAAGUGCAGAAGGCUGAAUUUAUUUUUGAGUGGUUGAGAUACUUGGAGAAGUUCUUGCUGGCAACCAGCCGGAAUGACGUGAAGGAGAAGCAGAAGACGCUUGCUGAUCAGCUCCUGUCGUUGUUGAGCAGCUCCCCGGGGCCUCCUACUCGCAAGCUCCUUGCUAAGAGUCUCGCUGUGCUUUAUAGUGUUGGAGAUACUUUCUCUGUUUAUGAGACAAUCGAUAAAUGUAAUGAUCUUAUUCGUAGCAAAGAUGAUUCUCCAAGUUACCUUCCCACAAAACUUGCUGCUGUGGUAUGUCUGGGUUCCUUGUACAAGAAGUUGGGUAGAAUACUGGGAAAUACUUUUACUGAUACAGUGGGGAAUAUUCUUAAAGCUAUGAAGAGUGCAGAGUCUCAAGGUCGAUAUGAGAUUAUGCUCAGUCUGCAGAAUAUAUUGAAUGGCCUCGGAGCUGCUGCAGCGCCAUGCCACAGGGAUGUUUAUAAAGCGGCCAGAUCCUGCUUAACGGAUAGGUCCAUGGCAGUUCGUUGUGCUGCUGCAAAGUGUCUUCUUGAACUUCAGAAUGAGGCCGUCUUUAUGUGGAGCACAGACCUGGACAGUGUGGUCACACUAUGUUUUAAGUCCUUUGAAGGUUCCAAUUAUGAUGUGCGGAUUUCAGUUUCAAAGCUACUGGGGACAGUACUGGCCAAAGCUAUAAUUUCUAAGCAUCCAGGAGCAGCUUCUCGGCAAAACAUUCGCAGAGUAUCUCUGGAGGAAGUUUUGGAAUUACUGGGAACAGGCUUUCUACGUGGGAGUUCUGGAUUUCUUCGAGCCAGUGGAGAUAUGCUGAAAGGAACCAGUUCAGUCAGUAGGGAUGUUCGAGUUGGAGUUACUCAGGUUGGAGCUUAUGUGGUAUUUGUUUCAACAUUAGGAGGAGUUUGGCUAGAGAAAAACUUUGCUGUCUUUCUUUCUCACGUCCUAAGCCUUGUGUCGCAGUCACAUCCUAAAGCCACCCAAACUCAGAUCGAUGCUGUCUGCUGUCGCCGUUGCAUUUCAUUUAUUCUUCGAGCUACUAUCGGUGGCCUUCUUGGAGAAAAGGCUCAGAUCGCUGCUGCAAAGGACAUCUGUCAGGCCAUCUGGAAGCUAAAGAAAGAUGUGGAUGCUAUAUUGAGUGAUGGUAAUUUGGAAACCCGGCUCAGUUCCACAGAUGUAGCAGCCAGUCAGCAUAUGCUCGUGUGUGCUUUACAAGAACUUGGAAAUCUCAUAUACAGUCUCAGCACGACAGCCGCACCUUUGCUGCAGGAUUCCAGUACAGGCCUCCUUGACGGUGUCCUUUCGGCACUUCCGCACCCCAGCACCUCCGUCCAGCUGGCGGCAGCCUGGUGCUUGCACUGCGUUGCUGUGGCCCUCCCCGCCUACCUGACCCCGCUCCUAGACCGCUGCCUUGAGCGCCUCAGUGUGCUGAAGUCUUCGCCCGAGGCGGUGACUGGCUUCAGUUUCGCUGUGGCAGCUUUGCUGGGUGCCGUAAAGCAUUGUCCUUUGGGAAUUCCUCAUGGAAAGGGCAAGAUCAUUAUGAUGUUGGCAGAGGACUUGCUGUGUUCUGCUGCUCAGAACAGUCACCUGUCCAUUCAACGCACACAAGCGGGGUGGUUGCUGAUUGCUGCUCUAAUGACGUUAGGUCCUGCGGUUGUCAGUCAUCAUCUUGCUCGAGUUCUGCUGUUGUGGAAGUGCGUCUUUCCAGUGUCCCCUAGUGACCUGGAGACAGAAAAAAGUCGAGGAGACUCAUUUACGUGGCAAGUCACCCUGGAAGGCCGAUCGGGGGCUCUCUGUGCUAUUAAAAGCUUUGUUUCCCACUGCGGUGAUCUCCUCACGGAGGAAGUAACCCAGCAUCUUCUGCCACCACUUCCUUGUGCUGUGGAUUUGCUAACUCAGCUUUCUUCAAUACUGAAAAUAUAUGGAAGUCCUUUAAAAACACCAUCAGUAGUUUAUAGACAAAGGCUUUAUGAACUACUGAUUUCACUACCUCCUGAGGCCUAUAAAGGGAACUUCUGUGCUGUCCUCAAAGAGUUGGCUGCUGACUUGACUGCUGUGGAUACACAGGUGGCAUCUACAUGCUUACUUCCGGCCCUUUGUCACCAAGAUGAUCUCUUGAUACUAAGUCCUCUGCUGCAGGAAACAGACCAUAGAUUUAUUGAGGAGCAGCUCCUGCUUGGUAAUGGUAUGGCUUGUGGAAGUCUAGAAUAUGACCCUCACUCUAUUUAUGAGAAGAAUGUAGAGGGGGAUUCCGUACCUAAGCCCCUCCCACCAGCACUGUCCAUUAUUAGCUCUGCAGCCAAGCUCUUUGGAGUUGUCUGUGCUCAUGUAGGAGAAGCUCAGAGGCUUCUGGUAUUGGAACAACUUUUGAGCAGUAUGAAGCACACAAAAGGAGCUCGUCAGCAGACAGUCCAGUUACACAUUGUUUCUGCUAUUUCUAGUUUCUUGAAGUACACAGCUACCUCCAAGGGAAGUAUAGGUCCAGAAGAAAUAAGACGACUUGUCUUAACAUUAGUGCUGGCAGCCCUCGAAAGUCCCAACACCCUUUUGAGAUGUGCAGCUGCUGAGGCAUGGGCUAGAUUAGCCCAAGUGGUGGAUGAUGCAGUUUUUACUACUGGCUUAGCUCAAGUCAGCUUUGACAAAUUGAAGUCAGCAAGAGAUGUAGUUACCCGAACGGGCCAUUCACUGGCUUUGGGAUCCCUACCUCGGUACUUAGGAGGAACAGGUUCUUCUCAACACAUGGAUUCUUGCAUCAGAGUCCUUUGCACCCUAUCUCAAGACAGUACCUCCCCUGACGUGCAGACCUGGGCACUCCAUUCUCUGUCACUGAUCAUUGAUUCUGCUGGUGCACUCUAUCACGUGCAUGUGGAACCUACCCUUUCACUCAUCAUCAGGUUGUUGUUAAACGUGCCUCCUACUCACGCGGAAGUUCACCAGAGUCUUGGUCGCUGCUUGAAUGCCCUUAUUACCACAUUAGGCCCAGAGCUACAAGGUAACAAUACUUCAGUUUCUACCUUAAGGACGUCCUGUCUGUUGGGUUGUGCAGUGAUGCAGGAUAACCCAGACUGCCUUGUCCAAGCUCAGGCCAUCUCCUGCCUUCAGCAGCUUCAUAUGUUUGCUCCGCAGCAUGUCAACUUAUCUGGCCUGGUGAGCUGCCUCUGUGUGAAUCUCUGCAGUCCCUACUUGUUGUUGAGAAGAGCAGUUCUCGCAUGUCUGCGUCAGCUCGUGCAGAGGGGAGCAGCUGAAGUCUCUGAGCACGCUGUCACGCUGGCCAAGGACUACAGAGGAGAAUGGACUCUGGGUGUGAACAUCAGAGAAGUGGGCCUAGAGGGGGCAUUGCUGGCCUUACUAGACAGAGAGACAGAUCAGAGCUUAUGCCAUGAUAUCAGAGAGACUUUAAGUCAUAUGAUUACAUCUAUGGCUGUGGGAAAGCUCUCUCUUUGGUUAAAGCUCUGUAAGGAUGUGCUGGCUGCGUCAGCUGAUUUCACAGCUUGUGUGGACACAAUGCAAGAGGAGGAGGGAGAUCGGGGCGAUGAUGCCUCAGUUCUGACUAACAGAAGUGAUGAAAGGUCCCAUCCUUUCACCAAUCCCCGGUGGACCACACGAGUCUUUGCUGCUGAGUGUGUCUGUAGGAUAAUUAAUCAGUGUGAGAAUGCACACAGUGCACAUUUUGACGUUGCUUUAGCACAGGAAAUGAAAAAAAGUGAUUCAAGAAAUGACUUUUUGGUGCUACAUCUUGCGGACUUAAUUCGCAUGGCUUUUAUGGCUGCCACGGACCACAGUGACCAGCUCCGUCUUUCUGGCCUUGAGACACUGUUAGUUGUUAUUCGACAAUUUGCAAAAAUCCCAGAACCAGAAUUUCCAGGCCAUGUGAUUCUGGAACAGUAUCAAGCCAAUGUAGGAGCAGCACUUAGACCAGCCUUCACUUCAGAGACACCACCUGAUAUCACUGCCAAAGCUUGUCAGGUUUGCAGUGCCUGGAUAGCGAGUGGAGUUGUAAGUGAUCUUAGUGAUCUCCGGAGAGUUCAUCAGCUGCUUGUUUCCUCACUUACAAAAAUACAGGCUGGAAAAGAAGCUCUGAGUCACUUAUACAGUGAAAGUGCUUCUACUAUGGAGAUUUUAGCUGUGCUAAAAGCCUGGGCAGAGGUCUAUAUAAUUGCUGUACAAAGACAUAAAAACCACAAACAAACUUCGAAGACUACCCCCUGUUCAGAAGACAGUGUCAGAAGUGGGUCUCGUACAUCAGCAGGCCUCCUUGACUUGGUCCGCACAGAUGUGGGCACACUGAGCAGGCUCUGGCUUGCUGCACUUCAGGAUUUUGCUCUCCUAACUUUGCCUUCAGAGUUUGCUUCCCAACUUCCAGUUGAAGGUGGUGCUUUCUACACAGCAGAGACGAGCGAAAAUGCAAAAGUGCAUUAUCACAGCUCCUGGGCGCUCAUCCUCCAUGCUGCAGCUCUGUGGCUUACAAGCACAGGCUUUGUUGUUGCUGACCCAGAUGAAGAAGUGGCUAAUCUCUCAAGGCCAGUCACACCGACUUCCAUGUGUCAGGACUCAUCAGCUGGGGCCCUGGUGAAGUCCCCCGAGGAUGUCUACACUGACAGAUUCCAUCUGAUUUUAGGAAUCAGCGUGGAGUUUCUGUGUUCGCUACACUCCGACGCAACCAUGGAAAGCAUUACUGCUUGUUUACACGCACUGCAGGCCCUUCUCGAGAUUCCUUGGCCCAGAUCUCAAAUUGGCAGUGACCAGGACUUGGGCAUUGAGUUGCUGAAUGUACUACACCGAGUAAUUUUGACCCGGGAAUCGCCUUCCAUUCAGCUGGCUUCUCUUGACGUGGUAAGGCAGGUCAUCUGUGCAGCUCAAGAGCACGUGAAGGAGAAAAGACGAAGUGCAGAAGUUGAUGAUGGGGCUGCUGAAAAGGAAACCUUGCCGGAGUUUGGUGAAGGGAAGGACACAGGAGGACUUGUGCCAGGGAAGUCUUUGGUCUUGGCAGCGCUGGAACUGUGUGUGUGCAUCCUAGUUAGGCAACUCCCGGAGCUGAACCCUGAACUGACGGGUAGCCCAGGAGUGAAAGAUGCCAGCCCACAGAGCCUGUCCGAGGAUGGGACUAGACUGGUUUCAGCUGCCUUGGCUAUCCUUGCUGAGCUUCCUGCCCUGUGCUCUCCUGAAGGAAGCAUCUCAAUUCUCCCCACUAUAUUGUAUCUCACAAUUGGAGUCCUCCGAGAAACUGCUGUGAGAUUACCUGAAGGCCAGUUAUCUCCAACAGUUGCAGCUUCUCUGCAGGCUCUGAAAGGAAUAUUAUCCUCCCCCAUGGCCCGAGCAGAAAAGAGCCGUGCUGCUUGGACUGUCCUUCUCCAAAGUGCUUUAGCAACAGUUCUUGACUGCUGGAAUCCAGUUGAUGGAACACAUCAAGAACGUGAUGAAGUCAGCCUGCUUACUGCCAUCACAGUAUUUAUUUUGUCUACGGGUCCAGAAGUGACUACCAUCCCAUGCCUUCAGAAGCGCUGCAUUGAGAAAUUUAAGACUGCCCUUCAGAUAAAAGAUCCUGGGAUACAAAUCAAGACCUAUCAGCUCCUACAUUCCAUUUUUCAGUAUCCAAAUCCAGCUGUUUCCUACCCGUACAUUUACUCUUUAGCAUCUUCUGUUGUGGAAAAACUGCAGGAAAUAGACAAGAGAAAACCUGAAGAUACUAAUGAGCUGCAUAUCUUUCAAGAAAGCAUAAAGGUUUUAGAAGCACUGGUUACCAUUGCCGAAGAACAACAUCGCCCUCAGCUGGUGGCCUGUCUUCUGCCUAUUCUCAUUUCCUUCCUUCUGGAUGAGAAUGCUCUGGGAUCAGCAACCUCCAUUAUGAGAAGACUACACGACUUUGCUUUGCAAAAUCUCAUGCAGAUUGGACCUCAGCAUUCAUCGGUUUUCAAAAGUGUAAUGGCUUCUUCUCCAACUCUGAAAGCCCGCCUUGAGGCUGCAGUUAAGGGCAAUCAGGAAAGUGUCAAAGUCAAGCCAUCACCAUCUAAGCAGACUAAGAGCCCUGCAAAGAGCUCAAGCAUCCAAUUAAAGACUAAUUUUCUCUGACACUGUUUCUUUGCAACAAUAAGCACCUUAAUAUAAUACUUGAUUAUUUCUUUCUCUUUGGGGACAAAGGUGAAAUUUAGACACAAGUGUCCUUGGAGAUCUAGUUGAUUGCUGUCAUUUGCAAAGUUAAAACAAAUAUUUUUUGGAAGUUUUUGUCACAUUUUUCCACCCCCUUCCCACAUGCACUUAAUAAGGCCAUAGAGCUAUCAGAAAUCUUAACCAGGAAUUUAAAGAAAGUACUAAAGAACUGAAUUGACUGAACAUUUGAAAAUGAAAUGGGUUCCUUUCUAUUCUUAUGAUAUACUUAACUCUGUGACCAGUGUAGAUUUCACCGUAGUAUGAAUUAUCUGCACUUUUCAUGGAUUCUAGUUGCUAAUGGAAAUUUCUGCCUUAUUCUGGCAGUAUCAAGCUUUCUUGGAUUUCUCAAGCUACACGAGUGAUUAGAUCCAGGCAUAGUGGUACAAACCUAUAACCCUAGCACUUGGGAGGCAGAAGGACAACCACAAGUUUGAGGCCAGCUUAGUCUACAGAGAGUUCUAGCCUAGCCAAGGGUGCAUAGUGAGACUUUGUCUCAAGAAAAUAAAAUACUUGUCGUCCUUUUAUUAUUAUUAUUUUUGAGAGAGAGAGAGAGAAUGGGUGCACCAGGGCCUAUAGCCAAGACAAAUGAGCUCC